AUGCAGGACACCAAGAAGGACCAUGCCGUUAUGAUGGAGCGGGCUCAAACUCAUGAUGAUGAGCCCAUAAAGCCCAUCCCUCAAGUCGACAAGAUCGAUUAUUCAGGAGCUCAUGAGAAGACGGAUCCGCGAGAAAUUGCGCUGGUCAAGAAGCUGGACAAAUGGAUUAUGCCCAUGUUGUGGUCCAUGUACUGGCUCAACUACCUGGAUCGUAAUGCUAUUGCACUGGCACGUCUUGAUGACUUGGAAGAGGACCUCAACCUCAGCAGCACGCAGUAUCAGACGUGCGUCAGCAUCCUGUUUGUCGGAUACCUGCUUGGUCAGAUUCCCAGCAACAUGCUUCUCAACCGAGUUCGCCCAUCACGAUACAUGGGGGUCUGCAUGGCUCUGUGGGCCGUCGUCUCCGCCCUCACUGCGCUGUCCAAGGACUUUACUGGUCUCCUCCUCACCCGCUUCUUCCUAGGUAUCACAGAAUCUCCGUACUACCCUGGCGCUGUCUAUCUGCUGUCCUCGUUCUACACCCGUAAGGAGGUCGCAACCCGUAUCGCCAUCCUGUACACUGGUAACAUUCUCGCUACCGCCUUCGCUGGUCUUAUUGCCGCAGGCAUUUUUCACGGCUUGAGUGAUGUUGGAGGGAUCAGUGGCUGGAAGUGGCUCUUUAUCCUUCAGGGAGCCGUCACCUUUGUUAUUGCAAUUGCUGGCUACUUUUUGCUCCCCGACUUCCCCCACAACACCUGGUGGUUGACCCAAGAGGAGCGUGAUCUCGCCACUAACCGCAUGGCCCUCGAUACUGUCGGCAACCAGGGUGAGACAUCUGUGUGGGCUGGUUUCCGCCAGGCUGGAAAGGACCCCAUGGUCUGGAUCUUUGCCGGCAUGGCACACAUGCAUUUGGCUGCUAAUGGUUUCAAGAACUUCUUCCCUACCGUUGUCAAGACCCUCGGCUUCAGCCAGACCAUCACCCUCGUCCUGACCUGCCCUCCCUACCUCAUCGCUGGCGCCGUCACAAUCGCCGUGUCGUGGUCUUCGGGCAAGUUCAACGAACGAACCUGGCACAUCACCAUCUCCAAAGCAGUAGCCACUUUCGGUUUCGGACUCGCCUGCGCUGAAAUCGGUGUUGCGGGCCGCUACGUCGCCAUGGUCAUCUUCACCAUCGGUACCUACGGUGUCAACUCGCUUAUUCUCGGUUGGUGUGGAUCCACCUGUGGUCAAACACCUGAGAAGAAGGCCGUCGCAAUCGGUAUCGUGACUACUGUCAUGAACGCUUCGUUUAUCUGGACCCCUUACCUCUGGCCCAAGUCCGACGAACCCAAGUACAUCAUUGCGCUCAGUUCCUCCGCCGCCUUCUCCGUCAUGACUGCCGUCCUGGCCUGGGUUGCCAAGAUCCUGUUUCUCCGCAAGAACAAGCAGAUUCGCGAGGAGGACAGCGAUGCUCAGAACUUUUAUGUCUACUAA